CAGUUUUGGAGAGGAUGGGUUCUUGCCAGAUGACUUGGUUUAUUCUCUGAGUGUGUCUGAAGAUAGAAAGUGAGACCACUCGGUGUCUGCCGUAUAUAGGCUGUAAGGUCUGAUGGGUUCGGUGUGGACCACCCCUCACUGCGGUGCGGUAGGGAAGGAUAAAUAUAUCCCCCCUCCACCUCCACCUCCUCCUCCUCCUUUCGUUGAGUCCGCAACAUCCUGACUGGCCAAGGCUGGUGAUCGCAGGCAGCGGCAGCGGCAAGCCCCCCACAAGACGGAUGAAUUAGAAAACCUGCUGCAACCACCGCCACCCCCUUUUCUUUAUUGUCUGUAUUGAAGAGUCGGGCUUUAAACACUGCUGCCAUCUUCUUGACAGUGUGAAGCGGAUACAAGGCUCCCUGUCUACACAUUCACCAUGGGGAUCAAGGCUGCCCUCCCCAGAUAUGAGCUGUAUCUCUACACAGCUGUACUCGGUGUGGCCUUGAUAUGGGCUGGCAGUUGGAUAUUUGAAGCUUCAAGUGAGAAUGUAAACAGAAAGACCUUCAAAGAAAGUGUGAAACCAGGAUGGCAUUACUUUGGCAGGAAAAUGGAUGUUACAGACUUCGAAUGGAUGAUGUGGUUCACUACAUUCCGCAAUCAUAUCCUUUUUGCUCUCACCGGUCACGUGAUCUUUGCCAAGAUAUUCGCCCUGAUAGCUCCAAAGAUUGGUAUAGAUGGAUGUAAGCACAGAUCCUUGAUCUUUGGUGUGUACGGUGGUUUGGCAGUCCUGGUCACGAUGGGCUGGACCUUCAUGGCUCUGGUUCUAUCUCACUGCAUCAUAAUCUACAGUGUUGCACUGGUCAAGAGUAAAUGGAUGUGCUUUGCAGCUGGCCUGACCACACUGGCCUCCAUCAAACUGGAACCCUAUAACUCCUGGCAGGAAGCCUUGGUGACGGGCUCCUUCAACCUUCAAGACAUCUUGUUCUAUGGAGGCUGCGGCUUCAGCAUCAUGCGUUGUAUGAGCUUUGCUUUAGAGAACUGUGAGAAGAAGGACGGCAACUACACAUUCUCUGACCUGCUGAAAUACAACUUCUACCUCCCCUUCUUCUUCUUUGGACCUAUCAUGACUUUUGACAGGUAUCAUGUCCAGGCAAACAACACUCAGCUGACCCGUAAAGACAGGGAGAUGUGGAACAUCACCACCAAGGCUUUGUUGCACCUGGGAGUUAUUUUGAUGGUGGACAUCUUCUUCCACUAUCUUUACAUUUUGACAAUCCCCAGUGACAUGAAGCUGGUCACCAAGCUGUCUGAUUGGUGUCUGGCUGGCCUGGCUUAUUCAAACCUGGUGUAUGACUGGGUGAAAUCAGCUGUGAUGUUUGGCGUCAUCAACACUGUGGCUACACUGGACCACCUGGACCCUCCUCAGCCCCCCAAGUGUAUCACCAUGCUUUAUGUCUUCGCCGAGACGCACUUUGACAGAGGCAUUAAUGACUGGCUGUGCAAGUAUGUUUAUGACUACAUUGGUGGAGAUCAUGAUAAAAUUUUCAAAGAACUCUUGGCAACUUUCUGCACUUUCGCUAUCACCACCCUGUGGCUGGGUCCAUGUGAACUGGUUUACAUCUGGUCCUUUUUCAACUGCUUUGGCCUCAACUUUGAGCUGUGGGUGGCCAAGUUCUUCUCCCUUCCACCAUUUUCUACCAUUGAGGGUGCUAUGGGUGAAGCUAUGUCACGCAGGAUCCGUGGUGUGUUCAAUGCUGCCAACUUCUGGGCCAUUGUCCUCUACAACGUUCUAUCCCUUAACAGUUUGGACUUCGCCAAACUGGUGGGCAGGAGACUGAUUUUCAAAGGUUUCCCUCUAUCCACCCUCUCAGUGUUACUUGUGACCUACUGUGGCGUGCAGCUGGUGAAGGAGAGGGAGCGACAGCAGGCCCUGCUGGAGGAUCCGGAGCCGGUGAAGCCAGUAGAUGGUGGCAAAGAAAAAGCAGAGUAAAACACAGAGUUUCACAGACUUCAUGGUCAACAGCCACUGUUCCAUCUUUGGCCUUGUGAACUAUAACUGAAACAGACUCUAACAGCCAGUCAAGCACCUACAUUGUUCAGAAGCCUAUGUUAUUUGUUUUUGGUUUUUUGCUUUUGUUUGUCAGAAGCAAAGCAACAUUUUGAACUGUGAAAUAUCCUCAAGUGCACUUGCUGUAGAUAAUCGCCACGUCCUCUGGCACAAACCCACCGACGGUGCAUUUUGUAUUUGUAUUUUAUCCGAACAAAAGAUUGUUUAGCAAAAAUAUAGGCCUUCCAAAUAUUUUAUCACAUUAUACUUAACAGUAUAUACAAGGACAUACAGUAUUGUAAAGGAGCAACUACUGUGCUCUGUGUAGUUGUCUCCUAUGUUCAUUUUAGAAUUUUCAUCAUCGUCAUCAACAUGAUUAUUUUUAGUCAGAUGAUGUCUCAAGUUUGUUUUAGGUCCUAAUCAUCACAAUAUUUAAACAUAAUGAAAGGCUAAAAACUUGAAAAAACUUGAAAUCAGGGUGCCACGAAGGGAGUGCAAUGAAGAAAAUAAACAAAGGGUGCUGUGGAGAACCUCCACAUUGCUUGCAGCUGAUUGUAAAGUACAUUAGCUCUACUGUCACUAAGCUAAAUACAAGUCACAAUGUAUAGGAUAGUCUGUUUUAAUGUUGAUUGAGAAUGUAUUUGAUCUCUUAUAGUGUUGAAGAACUGAAUGUAGUUCAACUGUCCAGAGAUCAACAGCUUGCUCCAAUACCAUACCAUCUACAGGAGAGUACUGUGACAUUUCAGGAUAUCUCUCUCCCCCCUCUUCCACAUGAUACAGGUCCUUAGUUCACUAUGAAAGGCAACAGGCCCAGCAGGGAAUUUGGGUCAGUCUUACUCUGCCUGUCACCAAAACCUGCUGUGUGUCUUCAGUGCAGCGGAUAGAGGAGAAUAAGUUCAUACAGAUUGCGACGCCUUUUCUCACUGUAAGGUUUUUAUUCAAAAGUGUUUAAUUCAAAAGUUUGACUUGAAAUAAAGUUUUGUUUUUAAUCCAA